AUGGCUGAGCUAUUCCAGAAUCUCCUGGACUACGUCCCCUCCCGCAAAACAAGCUUCAUCAUCGCAACCUCAGCAGCAACCACACUCAUCCUCUCAGACGCGAUCAGACGCAAACUGAACCCCGUUCCAAAACAAAUAAUACCAAGUCCAAGAGCCUCUAUUAUUCCCAGUCUAUCUUACGAAGAGCAAGACAACCUGCCCUAUCCUCCAAAUCUCUUCCCCGGCGCAAGAGACGUGGACAGUCCGUACGGAACAACGCGAAUCUACGAAUGGGGACCCGAAGACGGUAGGAAAGUCCUCUUAAUCCACGGAAUCUCCACGCCCUGUCUUUCACUAGGCAACAUCGCCCAUGCCCUCGUCCAAAAAGGCUGUCGCGUGAUUCUCCUCGACUUGUUCGGUCGCGGGUACUCAGAUUCCCCAGAUCUCCCGCACGAUUCCCGUCUUUACACAACUCAAAUCCUUCUGGCCAUUACCUCUUCCCCUCUCUCAUGGACUCUUGACGGGUUCAGCAUCAUCGGCUACUCCCUAGGCGGCGGCAUCGCCGCUGAUUUCGCUGCCUUCUUCCCCCAUCUGAUUCAAGGUCUUGUGCUGCUAGCUCCAGCUGGACUCAUUAGACCAUACCAUUUCGGAUGGCAAUCGAAGAUUCUAUAUAACGACUUCUUGCCGACUCGCGUUCUCGAGCAUCUGAUCCGGAAACGCCUCAUGGAUGGUCCCUCGGCCUCGAAUUCAAUUCAGAAACUCACGAAAGCACCGGCUUCAUCUACGCCGAUGCCAGAAACGGCCGUUGCUGCUGAAGUUAAAGGGACGAGCGAUGUAGAGUUUCGGGCUUCGCCGUUGAAUAUACAGAGGCCGAAUCUGACGGUUGCGAGUGCGGUGGGUUGGCAGUUGGGACAUCACGAGGGGUUUGUGAGGAGUUUUGUGAGCAGUAUUAGGUAUAGUAGUAUUAGCGGAAAGAAUGAGACUUGGAGGAAGCUAGGGAGCUUGAAGGUGCCGGUUUUGGUUAUCGUAGGGGAUACUGAUCCUAUCAUUGUUGCAAAUGAGUUGGAGGAAGACGCUAAAGAAGCAAUUGGUGCCGAUGAUGUGGUUUGGAAAGUCGUACAUGGUGGACAUGAGUUUCCCAUCACGCAUCCAGAUGAAGUCGUUGGGCAUAUUGCUAAAGUGUGGCGUAUUUAG